AUGGCUUUAGAAACCUGCCGCUAUGCUCAAUUUCCAUACGGGGGCUAUGACUUUCAGAUGCACGGGUCAGGGUUUGCGAUCCAGGACUUCGUAGAUUCUGCCGUGAGCUUCAUCCCGGAAUCCCCCUCCCUGCUGGACUCCAGUGCCUGCUCCAGUGGCAGUCUUCCGCUCUCUGACUGCAGUCUGACGGACUUCUCAGGAUGCACUAUUCUGCCCAUCUCCUCUCUCCCAGUCUCGGCUUCUCAUGAGAGCCUGUCACAAACCCCCCAAAUACCCUCCCGGACCCUGCCCCAGGCCCUGCCCCAGGACACGCCUCUGGACACGUCUCAGGAUCAGCUCUUCUGGAGGAAUCUGGCUGAGGACCACCAGAGGGCAUUAGGGGAUGCCCUGGAUGCCAACAACCAGCUUUGCCUCACGCUGAACAAAAAGCAGGAAGAAACAAGGUUUCUCCAGCAGCGGAACCAGCACCUGAAAGAGCUGGCCAAUCAGGCCAAGCACCUGGCCUCCGUCCUCAGUAGGCUGAUCAGCCCCGGUGGAGCCCCCGCACUCUCCGGGGGGCUCCCCACCCUGCCCAGCCCCACCAAGAGACGCAGGCUGGAGGGCCGGCCGGAGACAGAGGCGGAGGGCGAGGAGGUGCCCGCGGGGGAGGAGGUGAGCCGGAUCCUGAGAGACGUUUCGGAGCGCUGCCGGGCCGCCCUGCAGGAGCAGGCCGGAGCUCCGCUGCACAGCCCCCGGAUGCACGGAAAGUUCCAGGGCCUGCUGACGUCCACGCCGGAGAGAGGCGCGCGCCCGCGGGGGGGCGAGGAGGAGGAGGAGGAAGGCACGGCCUUCAGGACCUCCGUCAGGGACCACUGCACCAUCCGAACCCUGGCCUUCCCCCAGGGACACGCCUUCACUGCCCGCACCCCGGAGGGGGGCUGCCGCUUCCGCUGGAUCCCCAGCUAGGGCUCCCCAACCGCCCGACGUUCAGGAACGCUCUAUUGGCUGUGGUGGUUGUCCUCAGUGAAAAGGUGUAUACACCCUCAGAGU